UUAUUUAUUCUCUCCUACCCUUGUCAACAUUAUUGAUGCAUUUUUUAUUUUUUUGUGUGUGUGUGUGUUUAGUUUCGACUCUGUUUUCCCCUGUUCUUCUGUGGUUAUUGUUUUGUAGAAGCGUGCAUUUUUCUUUUUUCUGGUUGUGGGAUGUGCUAGGAAUAUAUUUGUUUGCAUGGAUUCCCCUCAGCCAUGAAUUCGUUGAACUGUAUAUGGAAAUUUCUGAAACUAAAAUGUGCAACUGACCUGUACGAUGGGGGAGCUGAUGGUAGAAAAACAUGUGAAGUUCAUUUUAGCAGUUGAGAAGAGGAAAGAUGAUUUUGAAUCUGUGGUGAUGGAGCAUCUAAGAUUAAAUGGGGCAUACUGGGGAUUGACAACUCUGGAUAUCAUGGGCAAGCUUGCUGCUGUGGAGCAAGAUGAAGUUAUUUCAUGGGUCAUGCAGUGCCAACACGAAUCUGGUGGAUUUGGUGGUAAUAUUGGACAUGAUCCGCACGUGCUGUAUACACUUAGUGCUAUUCAAGUCUUGGCGUUAUUUGAUAAAAUACAUGUUCUUGACAUUGAUAAGGUGUCGAGUUAUAUUGCAGCCCUGCAAAACGAAGAUGGAUCCUUUUCUGGUGACAUAUGGGGUGAAGUCGAUACACGGUUCUCUUACAUUGCGAUCCUUUCACUCGCAUUGAUGCAUCAGUUAGAUAAGGUUGAUGUUGGAAAAGCAGUGAAAUAUAUUUUAAGUUGCAAGAAUGUGGAUGGUGGAUUUGGAUGCACACCAGGAGCAGAAUCUCAUGCUGGGCAAAUUUUCUGUUGUGUGGCAGCUCUCGCAAUUACAGGGUCUCUACAUCAUGUUGAUAAGGACCUCCUUGGUUGGUGGUUAUGUGAAAGACAAGUUAAAUCUGGGGGUCUAAAUGGGCGCCCAGAGAAGCUUCCUGAUGUCUGCUAUUCUUGGUGGGUUCUUUCCAGCUUAAUUAUGAUUGACAGGGUCCAUUGGAUUGACAAGGGGAAGCUUGUAAAGUUUAUUCUGGACUGUCAGGAUAAGGAGAAUGGUGGAAUUUCAGAUAGGCCAGAUGAUGCAGUUGAUGUCUUCCAUACUUACUUUGGAGUUGCUGGGCUUUCACUUCUUGAAUAUCCAGGAAUAAAACCUAUAGAUCCUGCUUAUGCGUUGCCUGUUGAUAUUGUAAACCGAGUUAUCCUUGGCAGAUAAUAUCUGGUUUUGCUCCGUUCUAGCUUAUAACUGCCUUUUCCACGCAGUUCUCUGAUAUGAGAUUAUCAAAAACAAUUUCUCUUGAAAAAGUGGUUUGUGUUAUUAAUGCUGCAGAUUUUCAUCACAAUGGCUGAGCUCUGAUUUAUAUGCUGUAAGCUGAGUAGAUUAAUCUAUUUUCCUGGUCCUUGUGCAAAACAAUGGCUGAUCUAAUCUUUUGGGGAAUAGCAACCAUGUAGUAGUUGUACUGACUUGUACAGAUAUAUGUCAUUAGAUGAAAUGGGCGCUCUUGAAGUGUACUCUUUUGGUGAUGGGAGUCUUUUACGUGCAAAAUUGAAUAAUGUUAGAUGAAAGAACCUGCACCUCUAUGGCUUUGCUUUUGGCAAUAUAAUACAAUGACUGCAUGUUUAUUUUC